CGCCGGCAACAUGGCAUCUCAUGACCGAGGGUCGGACGAGCCGCUGCUGCCGUCGUCGACGCCGUCGUUCCAUCCGCGCACGCCCAACAUGCGCGAAGCCUACGUGAAGCGGCUCGGGUACAUUCCGCUGGCUUUCCAGCGCAUGAUGGACUUUGUCUCACUCACCCCACGCAAGAUGGAUCGCGCCAAGGCAACGGCAACGGACCACGAAGCGUUUGCCCAUCAUCCUACAAUUGACCCGACCAUGUCGCCAUCGAUCAUCCCGCCCCCCGGGUCCAUCCGCGGCUCCAUCUUCAACCUCUGCGGCGCGACAUUGGGCGCGGGCGCGCUCUCGCUGCCGUACGCAGUCGCGUCGUCGGGUAUUACGUUUGCCGUCGCGCAGCUCGUGCUCGCGGCCUUCCUCACCGUCUACACGAUCCGACUGCUCAUUCGCGCCGGGGACAUUACGAUGCUCAAGUCGUACGAGGACCUCGCGCUCUACUGCUUUGGGAAGAAGGUCGAAGUCUUUGUCGAGCUCAACAUCCUCGUCUUCUGCUUUGGCAUCUCGGUCGCGUACCUCGUGACGCUCGGUGACAUCAUCACGCCGCUGGGUGCACUCGUGCUUGGCGACGACAGCUUCUUUGCGCAGCGCUGGGUGCUCAUGAGCAUCUUCUGCUUUGCCAUCAUGCUCCCGCUCUCGCUCCUCAAGGACGUGAGCAGCCUCCAGUUCUCGUCGAUGCUUGGCGUCUUCUCGAUCAUCUUUCUCGUCUUUGCCGUCGCGACGCGGUCCUUCAUGGCCAUCCACGCCGACGGCCUCGCGCCCGACCUCCACUACGUCCUCAACACGAGCAACGGCCCCAACUUUAUGCUGAGCGUGCCGAUCGUUAUGUUUGCGUUCACGUGCCAAGUGAACGUGUUUUCGAUCUACACGGAGCUCCAGCGCCCGUGCAUCCGCCGCAUGAACAAGGUCGUCGACCGCGCGACCACCGUCUCGGUGCUCAUCUACCUCACGAUCGGCCUCGUCGCGUACCUCGCAUUCGGCUCGUCGCUCACGGAGUCGUCCAAGAAGGGCAACAUCCUCCUCUCAUUCCCGCUCAACGACACGCUCAUCGCGGUCGCGCGCGCGGCGCUGACGUUCACGGUCGCGGUGGCGUUCCCGCUCAACAUUUUUCCGUGUCGCUUUACGCUCGACAUGAUGUUCUUUGCGUCGGCCAAGGACUCGACCGUGCGCCACGUGGCCGUGACGGUCGGUCUCGUCCUCGCUGCGCUCAUCCUCGCGAUCUUUUGCCCGAGCAUCAACGUCGUGUUUGGCAUCAUUGGCGGCACGUGCUCGUCGAUCGUGUGCUUUUGCUUCCCCGCGGCCUUUAUCAUCAAGCUGGAGCCGGGUCCGCUGCUCGGCCCAGCCAAGAUUGGCCCUGUGAUCCUCUUUGUCGGCGCGAUCCUCAUGGGGGCCGUCGGGACUGGCGUCACGGUCUGGUCCAACUUUUACCAAUAGUUCUGCAUUCCUUCCUUGCAUGUAUCCCGCACGACGUGUCGUCGUCGUUCGUCCUUAGUUCAAAUUAUAAAAAACACCGAAUGUCGCUAUUUCAACACA